GAGUAAGUCACUCUGUUGAGUUAGCGAUGUAUGUACACGACACGGGGAGGGAGUGUCCACUCGGUCUUCAACUCUCACUCACUCACACGCACCUCGCACACACACACAUGCAUCCACUGCACGUGUCAUUUAAAAGCGGGCUACCAGUGGCAGGCGGGCGGGGUGUGGUGUGGGUGUAGUGGGGUGGCGCCAGAAAGAGAGUCGAUAGCUCCUAGACACUACUCAUCACCUACAUGCUCUCACGGACGGCCAGAGACAGACAGACAGACAUGCAGGCGGGCGGGCGGGCAGACGCCCUCACCAUUCGGACACACUGCGCACACGCACACACACUCAGACGCACACACGCACGCAAGAAGUGGUAUCGGUCUGGUUUCUGCUGAACCCUGGCCAGCAAUGCAUCCACACACCCACAGGCAAAAGACAAGCCAGAAGAAAAUCAAUCACCGGUCGGUUGGUCGGCUGGUUGGUUGGCAAGUGGCGUGCAAGUGGCGUAUGUAUGUGUGCAUCGAUAUCGGUCGAUCCCCAAGGAAAAACGACAGAUGGAGAUCCAAUCCAGCCAGUGUGUACACGCAUACACGUGUGUGUGCCACAAGUACUGCCAUGGUGCGACGAUGCAGAGAGAGCGAACUGGUAGCAAACAAAGUGCGGUCCUCUUAAUCGCAAAACUGGGGCGGUGCUGCUCUUAUCUAUCCUUUUCGGGUUUGCAAAAAGCUCCGACAACCCCUGGCUGGAGCAGAGACGCCCCUUGCCCUUCCUUUCCUCGUGGUGUGGUAUCUAUCGUAUCGUAUCGUAGGUACGCGUCGAACGCACACUAAAGCGGCCGCCAUUCUCUUGUCGGUUGAAAGCAAAGAAAGAAACAUGGUCCGUGGGGGAAAGAAAAGAAAUCACAUGUGUGCAGGUGUGGGUGGGUGGGUGGGUGGUGGGUCGACGAGCAGUGAGUGAGUGGGUCAGUCAGUGAGUCGUAAAAUCAAAUCGACACGGGCAACCAGACAGGCAGACAGGCAGACAGAUCGUCCCCCACCCCCCCCUUCGGUGUCUGUGUCUGAAUGUCGUGUUUAUGCGGUCUUGUAGGAGGUGCAGAGGCCUGUGGCGUCCGCAGAGCCCAUCACCAGACCCACAAUCAAACCUGACCAAACGCACAACACAGACACGCAGCCAGACAGAGAGCACAUCAGUGCCUCUGUGUUGUGGUCCCCUUGCUGUGCUCUGCCUACCGUAAAGGCCGAGGGCCUCGGCGAAAAUGAGGAUGAGGAUCAUGCCGACGAACAGGCGGGGCUGCUGGGCGUUGGCGCGCACGCCCGCAUCGCCCACAAUACCGAUGGCCAGGCCAGCAGCCUGACACACACAACCGCAGACAACCGACAACCACCACAAGUGAGAGCCAGCCCUUCCUCUGACAGUGAUAUGCAUACGCACCAGUGAGCUAAGUCCGACGGUGAGUCCGGCGCCCAGGUGCUGGAAGCCGGAAAAAUUCGAAUACGUCGACGGGUCGGCACCGACUGCAACCAGAAGGAAAACAAACAGUCGGUCAAUCGCAUCAAUCGUCAUGGAAACUGCGCUGCGUCUUACUUUUGCCGUUGAGGAUGACAGCCGUGAUGAGUCCGUAGAUGCCGAGCACACCCGCCAUGACCACCGGGAUGAUGGACCUCAUGACCAGGUCGGGACGCAUCACACCCAUCGAUGAGAUGCCCACUCCCGACUUGGCCGUGCCGUAGGCCGCACCCAAAUCUGACCAUACAACAACACGCACACACAGGCAGCAAGUGUGCAGCGGGGAAGAGACAUACACGACGCCACGCACAUCAGCCGCCUCCUGCCUUCGCUUCUCCGCUUCCCCCUCUCUGCGUCUGCUCCCGUGCCUCCCUCUGAUGUUGCCUCUGCCUACUUGCGAACACGAUGGCCGUCGUGACGCCCAUGAACCCGAAAAAACUGGCGCUCGGGUCGCACGCCGCCAUCGCAGCAGCUGCCAGCAUUUUGAAUUAGGUGGGCGGUGAAGCUACUUAUCAAGUAAUGCCGAGAGGCU